CGAGACGGAGAACGCAACUCUCGCUUGUUGUGUGCACUUCCUGGUCCACAUCUAACGCUGGCUACACGCACGCACGAGACGCGCCGCUCCACCGGCCCAUCGCUCGCGUCCGAUCGACAGAUGGAUGCGCAGCAACAGCGGAUGUAGGCUCGCUAUUGUCUUAUUGAUGUUUCCAGACAUCCGCCGCAGCCCGUUCAGCCCGAUCGUGGCCGAUUUCGGACGUGGAAGCGGCGCCUGUAAAAAAAAUCCAAUUUUCUUUUGUCUGCGCGACUGGCAGCGGCGUUUUGGUUGAUGCGCGGUCAGGGAUUGUGAAGUAAACACGGUGGCCUGCGCUCAUGAUUAGAGGCGAGGAGAGACUGAUACCUCAGACUCCCAUUGCCCUUGAUCGCAAGUUGUUUUCACUCCGGAGCGGUGAAACUGGUGGCUCCAAUGGCGUCAGUUUCGAAGGUGUCUAUUCUGGAUUACUUUAAUAUUGUAUUUGAAGGUGAGAAUGGCAAAAUCGAGUCCAACUGCAAGGCGUGUGGCACCAGGAUCCAGGCGAAGCGGAGUGUCACGUCCAACUUCGUAACGCACCUCAAGCGGAAGCACCAAGCUAUGUAUGAUGACUUUGUAAAAAGGAAGGACAUGAAGAGAGAGGGUUACUCCUCCAGUUCCCUCCACAGUGCCGCCACCAAUGGAGAUAGUAGCCGCUACGCUCUUCCCGUCAGUGCCGGGGCAGGAGGAGAAGGAGCAGGAGGUGCUGGUGGGAUGGGAACUCCAAGUUUUACCAAGUUUGACCGACACGAUCCACGUCAGGUGUUGAUCUCAGAGUCUAUAGCUAAGAUGAUUGUGCGCGAUCUGCAGCCCGUGUCCAUAACGGAAUAUCAGGGCUUUAGAGACCUGCUCCAGCUUCUGGAGCCGCGUUACACCCCAGAGCCCCAGCAGUACAUCCAGAGCCAACUCCUCCCAGCCUACGCCUACCAGGCCCAGCUCACGACCCGCCAAGCCCUGGCUUCGGCACACACCCUCAGUCUCAGCUUGGAUGUCUGGAGGGGUUUGUCUGGAGCCACUUCAGGCUACCUUGGUGUCACCGGCCAUUUUCUCACAUCUGACUGGCAGAUGCGUUCAGCUCUCCUGGCUUGCCUCCCCCUGGCUGGUGGCAGCUCAGGGAGUCGUGUCCUGUCAGAUUUUGAUGAAGUAUGUCAGUCUCAUGGCGUGUCCGGGAGAGCAUUUUGUGUUGUUGCCGACCCUCUCCUGGCGACAGCAACCGUAAAGCCAUGCUGUCUUCCGGGUUUCCUGAUUUCACCUUGCGCUGGUAACACGCAAGAGGAAGAGCUUGUACGAGAUGUGGAGAAUGGUAACGAUGUGGAUGAAGGGCUCAGCAACGGCCAUGGAAAAGGGGGGGGCAGUGGGGAAUGGGAGGACUCGUGGGAACAAGCUCUGGGAGUUUGCCGGGUGGACUGCUUCUCUCGGUCUCUUGGACAGUGUGUCAGAGAGGGACUACGCUCCUGUGAACUGCUCUCCUCCACGCUCGCCAAGGCUGCAUGCUUCUACAACUACAUUACCUCUGCUGUUCCACCCGAGAAGCUCAGCCAGGUGUUUGAUGGUCCCGGGUUGAUAACGGGGGGACUGGGAAAUGCUCCUGCCGUAAUAGACUGGUGUGCUCAGCUUAAGGUGCUUCGCCGACUGCUGGACUCAGUGGACUUCCUGGAGGAGAUGAGUGGCCCAGGGGAGUUGGCGCUGAGUGGAUCUGAUAGAGCCCUGCUUAAGGAGCUCACGGACACGUUAGAGCCCUUCACUGAAGCCUGGGACAUGGUCCAUGGGGACAGACAGGGUGACACGCAGAAUGACAGACACGUGUCCAUCAGCCUGGCUCUGCCCUGUGUUCUAGGCCUUCGUAAACACCUCUCUGAGACGUCAACCCCUCACUGUCCCUCCCUGCUCGUGGGCCUGAGCCAGGCACUAGAGCAGUGGCUGGCCCCUAUCCUGGAGGACCCCCUCUACAUCACCGCCACCUCCCUGGACCCGCAGUUCAAGCUGACGUGGAGCAGCAACCCUGACUGGCACAGACAAGUUCUGCUGGAGGAGUUAUCCAAACACUGCAGAGCCUCUAGCCUCAUGGAGCCUAAAACAGAGCUAAAUCCUCAAUCCCAGACUCCCCCUGCUCCAGCUCAGUCGCCCGUCUCCUCACUUCCUCGGCCCUGCAAGCUGUUCUCUUUCAUUAAGCAGAGACCCAUGACACAGGCCAAGAGUCUAGAACAGGAGCUGGCUGUUUACCUACGGGAGGAACCCACGGAUGAGGAAGCUUUGCAUUACUGGCAGCGUAAAGCAAUCGACUUUCCUCAGCUCGCCCAGGUGGCCAAGAGGACAUUUACUAUACCUGCUUGUGGCACCAUGGUGGACAGUAUUUUCAGUACCGCCAGCCGCUGCCUGCGACCAGAGAGAGGCCGCGUCCUACCAAAGAACCUGGAGACACUCAUCUACCUCAAAGCCAACUAUACAUUGUUGUGGGCCUAGGCUUUAUACCUGCUGCAAUGAUAUUCCUUGGAUACUGAGCUAGCAGCAUAACAUAGUCUUCAUACUGCACAUUAUUUGAUGCCUUUGAAUGAAUUACCCAGUAUAUCUGAACCAAGGCUUGGUGUCUAAGAUGUUUCCUGCUCUAUGUUUACCGUGUAGCCUGCGUAUAGAUUAUCAUGUCAGACCAAGGUUCUGACGAUACUGAUCAAUAAUAAACAUUGUUUUGCCCCAGAGUCUCUAGACAACCACAGAGCCAUAAACCUACAGCAGCACUGAUACCCCAACAAUAACCAUGAUCAAUAGAUUAAUUUUCUAAGAAAAACAAUAUCCAUAAAGGUGGUGACUCACUUACAGUAUUUGACUUUUAGUAAAGGAAGGCAUCAGCUACUAAACACUAGGACAUCCACUUGUGCUUUUUUCUCCCUGUAUGUAUGCCUCAUUAUUGGGACAUUGUAAUAAAUGAAAGUUAAAUGUGUGGUGUGUUAAAUGAGUUAUGAGCAUCGGAGCAUGUUACAUGUUUCAGCAUCUGCUGCACAUGUCACAUUUUUGAAUUGCUUCACCUUCCUCAGCCAGUUUGUUUGUUCUGGCAGAGGAUAGUGCAUGUGACAUCGCAGAGGCUUUUGCUUUGUCUGACUUUAUAAAAAUAUUUUGAAACCA